AAAACAAUUUAAUCUUGACCAAGUUUCAAUUGUUUCUAACAGUAAAUUGUUGCUCUUUUUUUGUCUGUUGCUGUUAAGUUGAUUACAAUUAACGAUUAAUGAAAUUACUGAGCAUUUAAUACAAAUUAAAUCAACAAUUUGUUAAUUUUUUUUUCUUUUUCUUCAAUCAUUUCUUAUAAUCAGGUUAUUUGGUUUCAGUAAAAGUUUUACAACUAUGGGUGAAAAUGGUAGCCAAAGGUCAGUUAAUCGGGGCAGCUCAUUGUCCGGUGAUUAUGGGUCAAUAUUUAUUCUGGUCUUUCUUUACGCUAUACAAGGGAUUCCAUUGGGUCUUUCAGCAAGUAUACCGUUAAUUUUACAGAACUACAAGGUGACCUAUUCUCAGCAAGCGAUCUUUAGUCUAUGUUCAUGGCCUUACAGUUUGAAAUUACUUUGGGCACCGAUUGUCGAUUCCUUGUAUAGUCGGCGAUUCGGUCGUCGUAAGUCUUGGCUCAUUCCGACCCAAUACUUUAUCGGAUUAACUUUGUUUCUACUUUCUCUCAAAAUCGAUGAUCUACUUGGACCAUUACCGAAAGAUGUUUCCAUUAUUAUCGAGAGAAAUCAAACCCUUGAAAUGACUACGAUCUCUUCUGGUCAAUCGCUAGUUGAUUCUUAUUCUAGGUCAGUUUUAAAUGAAUCGCCGUCGAUUAAAAUUUUGGCAGCAGUUUUUUUCUUCCUCAAUUUUUUAUGUGCAACUCAAGAUAUUGCAAUCGAUGGAUGGGUUUUAACCAUGUUAUCAAAGGAAAACCUAGUCUAUGGGUCAGUUUGUAAUCCUAUCGGUCAAACUAUCGGUGUUACCCUUGGUUACAUUGUCUUCCUUGCAUUACUAUCUCCUGACCUUUGUAACAAGUAUCUAAGAUCAAUUCCAAGUGACACUGGAAUGAUAACAUUACCAGGUUUUCUCUACUUUUGGUCAAUUGUUUUUCUAAUCACAACAAGUCUUGUUUGGAUAUUUAAACGAGAAAAACCCGAGAAAACCAAUCAAUCAGCGGAAGAGGAAACAAUUCUAGGAACUUAUCUUAUGCUGAUUAAAAUAUUAAAACUUAAAAGUAUCCAAUCAUUUGCGAUUAUCCUGCUUACCUGUAAAGUAGCAUUUGCUAUAACCGAUUCAGGGACACCCUUGAAACUCACCGAAGCCGGAAUAUCAAAGGAAACAUUGGCCUUUCUCAGUGUACCCACGAUUCCAAUGCAGAUAAUUUUACCUUGGUACCUGAGUAGAUACACAAAGGGUGCGAAGCCACUUCGAGUUUUCAUCAAAACUUAUCCAUUUAGAAUAAUUUGUGGCCUCACAUUCAUGGGACUAUUGGCCUGGACUAAAAGCAUCGGUGAUCCCGUUUCAAAAUCAUUUCCAAGUUAUUAUUAUAUCGUUGUGAUUAUUGUUUUAUACUUUCAUCGAUUUGUUCAAGAUUGUUUUUUCGUUACACUUUUGGCCUUUUUCAAUCGUGUCAGUGAUCCCGUUAUCGGUGGUACUUACAUGACACUUUUAAACACAAUCAACAAUUUAGGCGGUGUUUGGCCUUCGUUCAUUAGUUUGUGGUUACUUGAUUACUCUACAUUUAAACAUUGUUCCGUCGAUGGAUUCUCGUGCAAUACCAAAGAGACUAUGGCCACUUGCUCGAAAGCGGGUGGACAAUGUAACAUUACCGUCGACGGUUAUUAUAUUGAGAUGAUCAUUUUAAGCUUAAUUGGAUUUAUAUGGUUAAUAUGGGCAAGGAAAAGGAUCGAGAAAAUUGAAUCACUACCACCGACAAGUUGGAGAUGCUCUCAGGCUGGAUGAAGUUCAUCUAUUAUCCCAUUCAAAGCCAAUCAUCGCCAUCCUCAUCAUCCUCAUCAUCUUUUCAUCAAAAAGCCAUGGGAAUAAAAGUAUCAUCUUAAGCUGUUUCUUUAACUGGUAUAACAUGUUUUAACAAUUACGAUAAAGAUAAAGGUUACAUGGUGAUAGAUUUCAGGAUAAAGCUUAAAGAAACAAAAGUGAGAUUACUUUUUGUCCUCUCGAACACUGGACACAAUCUGGACAAAGUCCCAUGAACUUUAAACAGUAACUUUUACUCUGAAUCUCUUGGUCUAACCUUUUAUACACUUGAUCCGAAUCAUUACUUGAUAAAAGAUUAAGAUUAGAGAGGGAGAGAGGGAAAGGGAGAUAAAGAGAGAGAGAGAUAAAUGGAUAGCGGAUUAAAUCGAAUGUAUGGAAACAAAAGUUACACCGGAUUGAAUUAAGAAGAAGAUGAUAAAAAACAAGUCAGCUGAUUGGGGGGCAGAAGAAUGAAGAUAAUUUGAUUGAUGGAAAACAUGAUUGAGAGAAUCAAUGGAAUUAAAAAAUUGUGAUUCCCUGUUGUUUUCUUCAAGUGUUCAUCAUGUUUCUUCAUGAACGAUUGACUGAUCUAAAAGAGAGAGAGAGAGAGAGAGAAACGGGAUGAUAAGGAAGAUGAAGAUGACAAUAUGAAAGGAAAAAGAGUGAAAGAUUGAAAGACAAUCGGAAGGCAACUCUUCCCUUCGACAUCGACAACAUGGGAAGUCCAUUUAAAGCAUAUGGAAAUAUUCCCAUUCUUUUCUAUGUAUUUAAUAUAAAUGAAAAAAGAGAAAAAAAAAUUUCAUCUUCAUCAUCUCUUCUCCCUCCCUCUCUCUUUCUCUCUUUCCUUUAUCUUCAUGUCCAGAACUCUUGUGAAUGGACUUUUACACCUUUCCACUAAUCUUUAAAUCUAUCAAAGGGAAAAGGUAUUUGUAUGCGAUCACUUUUCCUCUUCCUCUUUCCACCCUCUUCAUCCACUUCCUCUCUCUCUCCCUCUACCGAACUCACACUUAUCCUAGUGAAUUGUAAACAAUUAUUUUCCCUUCUCCAAAAUCCUA